AUGGCCUCUUUGAAUAAGUUGAAUUUUAUCACCGGAAAUAAAAACAAACUGGCAGAGGUGAGGGCGAUACUUGGAAGCGUCAUCAAUGUUGAAAACCAAUCUGUCGAUGUGCCCGAGAUCCAAGGAACAAUCGAGGAGAUAGCCAAGGAAAAGUGCAGACGUGCAGCAGAAGUGGUCGGAGGUCCUGUCUUGACGGAGGAUACGGCUCUUGAAUUUCAUGCAUUGAAAGGCCUUCCUGGUCCAUACAUCAAAUCGUUCCUUGAUGCCUUGGGCCAUGAAGGGUUGAACAGGAUAAUUGAUUCCUUCGAGGAUAAAACGGCCGAAGCCGUGUGUACAUUUGCCUUCUGCCGUGGUCCUGGAGCCGAACCCAUUUUAUUCCAGGGAAGAACCGAGGGUGCCAUUGUGAGACCAAGAGGUCCAACGAAUUUUGGAUGGGAUCCAAUCUUUGAGUACCAAGGGGCCACGUACGCCGAAAUGGACAAGGAAGCAAAGAACCAAGUUUCCCACCGGUACAAGGCCCUGGUGAAGCUGCAGCAUUGGCUAGCUGAGGAACAACCCUAA